CCUCUUCUCUCUUCAACGAUUCCAUGGCUUCUGAUCUAUCCCUCCUGCUUAUUGUUGCUCUCGUUGCAGCUUUGUCUUUCUCUCAAGCUUUAGCCCGUGAUCCAGGCGCCCUUCAAGACUUCUGUGUUGCAGACAGCAUGUCCAAAGUUAUUGUGAAUGGAUUCACUUGCAAGAAUCCAGAACUCGUUAAAGUUGAUGACUUCUUCUUGUCGGGCCUCAAUGUGCCUCGUAGCACCAUGAACAAAGUUACUUCCAAUGUGACGCUCAUAAAUGCAAAUAUAAUUCCCGGCCUCAACACUCUUGGCAUCUCCAUGGCUCGAGUGGACUAUGCCCCCCGCGGUCUCAAUCCUCCGCACAUCCACCCUCGUGCCACAGAGCUCCAAACAGUGUUGGAAGGCUCGCUCUAUGUUGGAUUCAUAACGUCCAAUCCCGAGAACAAGUUGGUGACCAAAGUGCUUAACAAGGGUGAUGUGUUCGUAUUCCCUCAAGGCCUAAUUCACUUCCAGUUCAAUCUUGGUCGGACGAGGGCUCUUGCGAUGUCAUUUCUAAGUAGCCAAAAUCCAGGACUAAUCACCAUCGCCAAUACUGUCUUUGGGUCAAAGCCAAACAUCUCGGAUGAUAUUCUUUCAAAGGCUUUCCAGGUGGAUAAGAAGACUAUCGAUUGGAUCCAAUCUCAGUUCUAGAAAACCAACGAAGGUUAAUAAUAUCAUAUCAAUAUUGUUGCUUAUUCAUUGCAUUUGUAUCUGCAAUAAUUCAUUCUUUGAUAUAUAUAUCCAUGUUUGUCAAUCUCCACAAAAGAUAAUUUAUAAU